AACAUAAUUUUUUUAUGUAAGCUCAACAAACUGUUAUCUUGAUUUGUUAGAAAAAUCAUUAUUUUGGUGAUGCGGUUUUAAAUUACGAUAGCAAAAUCGCUAAAAAAAUCCGGUCUUGAAUGAGAAAGUUGGCAGCUCUACAAUUCUCUGUAAAUCUGAAUUAGGCCACUUUUUUUUAACUCGCAUUAAUUUAUUUUAAUUUAUAAGUAAGAUUAAAGACGGGAGUGUCGCGUAAAUUGAACGCUUGAUUUAAGGAUUGUGUAAAAUUGUUUUCGUUUGAAAAUUUCUUUAAAAGAUGUCCCGAUUGUUGAAAGCUGCGAGUAAACUGUUCCAAAAACAUCCUUUUCUUACAAAUAGUGGAAUUUAUGGUUGUUUGUAUGUAGGAGCAGAGUAUUCUCAACAAUUGUUAUCUAAAAAAAUAUUAGUGCAUCGUUUUGAAGCCGAGAAAAAUGAAAUUGAUUAUCCCACCAUAGGUCGGUAUGCUGUUGUUGGAACCCUUGCUUAUGCACCAUCCCUAUAUAUCUGGUAUAAGUGGCUGGAUGGUAGAUAUCCUGGUACAGCCCCUCGAACUAUUGUUAAGAAGCUAAUAUUAGAUCAAUGCAUUUUGACGCCGUACUUGUUGUGUGUUUUUUACGUUGGCCUGGCGUUACUGGAGUCUGCUGAUAAUAAGUUUGAAGAGUUGCGUUUCAAAUUUCUGCCUACUUUUAAGGUAUCAUGUAUGUUUUGGCUGCCAGCGCAAACGUUUAAUUUUCUUAUAAUACCUCCGCGUUUUCGAGUCAUAUACAUGGGUGUUUGCGGGUUUAUGUGGGCGAAUGUGUUGUGCUGGUUUAAACGACAACCGCAGUAAUAUGAAAAGGCAGUUUGGUUAUAUAUCUUGCGAUACAUGUAAAGAAUUUAAAUCGUUCUUAAAAGAAAUUUAAUAUUAAAUGCUCUUAGAGCUAGCUGCCUUCAUAUAGUGCUAUAAGUAAUUUUAAUAAAACUUUCAAGUUUC